AUGGUGCACAUUUUAGGACUUUUCUCUACUAAACGAGGAAAAAUAACGGUUGCUCUUGUUGCUGCUUCUAUUCUUGUUGUAUCCGGUGUUAUUAUUGGCCUCGUCUUUGGUUUAAGAAAAUCUUUUCCUGAUACUGAUGAAACUGUAUGUGGUUCCAGUCAUGAAACUUAUGUUAUCAAUGGUUCAUCUAUUUUGGGCAAAUAUCCUCGAGCAGCUGUAGCAGUUGAUAAUAUUGAAUGUUCAAGAAUUGGACGUGGUAUAUUAGAAAAAAAUGGUUCAACAAUGGAUGCUGCUUUGGCAGCUGCUAUUUGUAAUGGUGUUUUAAAUGCACACUCAAUGGGUAUUGGUGGUGGAUGUGUUAUAACCGUUUAUUCAAAGUCAGAAAGAUUUGUU